UUUAGAAAUUGACCUUUUGUUGGCUUCUCUUGAUUCUUCCUUUCUCUGUAUUACUCUAUCACUGAUUUUAUCUUCUUAGACUCACCACAACAGGAGCAUUGAGAUGGAAGUGAACAACAGGUAUAUCACAAUAACGAAACACAUACAGGGUUCGGCAAAGGAGUCUGAUUUCGAGCUCAAGGUUGCACCUCUUGGAUUAUCGGUGGAGCCUGGUUCCAAUGACAUCAUUGUGAAGAAUCUGUGUGUGUCAAUUGAUCCUUACCAGCUUAACCGCUUGAAGAGUUACAGCUCCACACAGAAAACAGUACAAGCUGCAGUUGGUAUCGCUCCCGGUCAGCCUAUUGAUGCUCCUGGAGUAGCCAAGGUUUUGGUUUCUGACAAUCCUGAAUUUGUGAAAGAUGACUUGGUUGUGGGGUUUGUUCACUGGGGAGAAUAUAGUGUAGUAAAAGGAGGCAUGUUAAAGAAGUUGGACCCAAAAACUGAACUACCGUUAUCUUAUCAUGCUGGAAUUCUAGGAUUAAGUGGACUAACAGCCUAUGCUGGGCUGUUGGAAAUAUGCAAGCCCAAGAAGGGAGAAAAGGUGUUUGUAUCUGCUGCUUGUGGAUCAGUUGGAAAUUUGGUGGGCCAGUAUGCAAAACUUUCGGGUUGCUAUGUAGUUGGAUGUGCUGGUAGCAGAGACAAGGUAGCAUUGCUAAAGGAGAAGCUUGGUUUUGAUGAUGCUUUCAACUACAAGGAAGAAACUGAUUUGAAUUCCGCUCUCACAAGGUACUUUCCUGAUGGGAUUGAUAUAUAUUUUGACAAUGUUGGAGGUGACAUGCUAGAAGCUGCUGUUGCUAAUAUGAAUCCCUUUGGUAGAGUAGCUGCAUGUGGAACAAUUGCUGAGUAUUCAGAUGCUGCAAAACGAGCAGCACCAAAUAUGAUAGAUGUUAUAUACAAGAGGAUUAAAAUCCAAGGAUUUCUGGCCAUGGAUCACAUGAGCUUGCAUUCAGAUUUUCUUUCGACAACGACUGAAUACAUUAAGAAUGGCAAGAUUAAGGUGCAAGAGGACAUUUCUAAUGGUGUAGAAAGCAUCCCCUUAGCUUUCAUAGGACUAUUCAGAGGUGAUAAUGUUGGAAAGAAGAUUGUUAAAAUUGCAGAUGAGUGAUUAGGAAGAGAAAACUCAUUUUGUUUUUAUGAUCAAUAAACUACAAAGAAUAUUGCGACAUUGUUGAUCAAAUUAAUUGUUGUCUUUUUUUUCUCCUGUGUGGUGAAUGAUAUUUUGAGUAUUAUUUUUUUGGGAUAA